UGUGGUGCAGCAAGUGUGUCUUCAUGAUCUGAUGUGGUUCUUUGUGGACUCCCUCAUUCCCAGCACUGAGGAGGAGUCUGAAGGAGGCCAGGAGGAAGGAGUGGAAGUCAAGAAGAAAGAAGUGAAAAAGGACAUGGAGGAUGUUCCCAUAUGUGACCACCCGAUGUCAGACAUCAUAGUGGCAGGGAAAGCUGCAGCACAGUUGCCGGAGACAUUCCACAGUGUUCUGAGAACAAUCAGCGAUGUCAUGAUGCUGCUUCCGAUGGGCUCAGCUGUCCAGCAAAUGGCAGUGAGGUGUUACUGUGCCCAGUUCAUGCAGUCAGACCACCAGUUUCUCCAUGAAUCCCACGUGUUCAGUAAUCUCAGCCGCAUCCUCAGCAAGUCUGAAGAAGAGCCAGAAGAAGGAUCCCUGGACACAUCAAUG